AAAGGCAGCAAACUGGUUGGUAGUCUGUGGUCAUUCAUAAGUAGUCGAAUUUCCUUUGUGUACGGACGGAUGUGUUUUGUUGUCGGGAAUCGAGCGAGUUCAGGCUGCUAGCACCGAGAUUGGUUUGGAGGAACCCCUUCUUGGCCGUUUUGUGUGAGAUUUGUGAAGAAUCAACUGCUGAAUAGUUGCGCGAUUUGUUUUUCGUGAAAGUGAUGCUGAUGUAUGUGACGAAAAUUUUAUUUUAUGCAAGCUUUUGGUAGAAUGCUCAAAUUUAUUCGCAUUUGGAGGAUGGUUUCUUGGGUUCGGCAACAGGAAAAUAAUUAAAUUGCUGUCUGCUGUGGAAAACGAAGAAGAAAAAGAAGCCCGACAAGAUGAUCCCCCUGUGUAUGUGAAAAAGUGUUAAAACGAAGAAGAGCUUGACGAAAAAGUGUUUGAGAAAAGAGAAAAUUAUUGCUGAUGAUUUCAAAAUUAUCACUGUGAUAAGGGAGAAAAGUGGCAUGAAACGUAAUUGAAUUGCGAUUGAAAAAGCAAAAGUAGAAAAAAUGGUGUAAUAAGAGAGUGAAAAGAAAUUGCGCCACCGCCUUUUUUUCUGCAUCGAGUUCGAGAGGGAGGUUGAAGAUUUCAGAUCCCUUCUAGCAGCUGCCCUUUUGGGAAUGUACAGUAGAAGUGGGCAUUGAAAGGAAGUGCUGGUUCCCUGGCUGAUUUUUGCAGAUUGGAAAGGCAUUAUUUACAGCGCCAUUAAUGAUGGGUCCUCCUCCUAUCGGUGUACGCCCAUAGAAAGUAGAUAAGCGAUAAGCGUCCAUUGCGUCGUGUAUCGGCCUCCGUGUGUGUAUAUAGUGGUAGUAGAAAGGAAGUGCAGAAUCAUUUGCAAAUAUUAAGUAAAUCUCGGUUCUCGGUCAAUAAUUAUUGAGGUGGAAAUAAAUAUCAUCGUAGUGUAUAGGUCGCUUGCCAUAGUGUUUCGCUACCAACGCCGCCAUAGGCUGUCGCUGUAUUCGUGUCCUAUAAAUAUAAAAAAAAAGUCCUAGCAGACAGAAAAGCGCAAAUAGAGAAAAAUCUUCGCCAGAUAAACAGGAUUACAAAAAUUGCCUGCAAAAUGACCGACAAAAUCACCAAGUUUGAAAGGAUGGCCAUGACGAAGCCGGUUCCAAUGAAGCUCUUCGCUGCAUGGGAAGUGGACCGUACACCAUCCAAUUGCAUUCCAAGACUGUGCUCCCUGACGAUAACGCGCCUCUCAUUGCUCACACCACUGCCGCCCGAUCUCACAUCACUGUCGCUAGCGGUGAAAAUGCAGAGUUCCAAACGAACGCUUCGUUCACAUGAGAUUCCAGUACCACAAUCAUUGAGCACUGGCUACGGAAGCACUAUCAGUAGCGGAAAUAUGGGUGGAAGUGUACCGGGUGUGAUAGGCCAAGGGGGCCAGCUCAAUUCACCACCUCUGCUGGAAACAGAACUUGAUCUCCAUUUUAGCCUGCAAUAUCCUCACUUUAUUAAGCGUGAUGGCAACAGAUUGUUGAUUCUGUUGCAACGACGAAAGAAGUAUAAAACUCGUACUAUAUUAGGUUAUAAAACGCUGGCCGAAGGUGUGAUCCGAAUGGAUGCUGUCCUACAGAAGUCAAUGGACAUGACGGUAGAACUGAAUGGAUCCGGUAAGGCAGGUCGCCAGGGGCUUACGAUAGCUACUCUACGUGCCACACAAGUCUCUUCCAUUCCAGUGGAUCAAGACAAUAAGAAUAAUAACAGUCUGCUAGUAACAGACCGCGUAAAUGAGUAUUCCGAUGAAGACGAAGAGCAGGAAUUUAGUUCCGGAGAUGAUAACGAUGAUGGUUUAUCCGGGUAUGCAGCGAAAAGGAAUUAUGCUGGAAAGCGAGACCAGUAUAAAAAAUUUGAUCGAGGAGAUAAUGAUGGCGAAGGGGAUGAUGGAAACUUGUUGCCCUCGAAUCAGGUGGACAGUGAUAGCGAUUUCGAAAAUCUAGGCGGAAAAGAUAAAGGAUCUCGAGCUAAAAUGAGUCGGCAACGCAAUUUCAAACAACGUAUCAUAUCACUGUUGAAGCGAUUCAAAGUUCCUGACGAACUGGAAGGAGAUGUACAGGAACGAGGUCAAUCGUUGAGGGGAAAACGAGAUUUGGAUGCCCUGUUCCAAGAGCUAGAAUCUUUGUCCUGUGGCGAGGGCGAUGAUUCCGGUCAGGAUAUGGACAGUGUAUCAAUCGGCUCUACACCAAAGCCAUCUUUAAGGCCAUUUUUCGAAAAUCCAAAACCUACUUUGCAACAUCAGCAGUCAGCAGCUCAGCUGAGUUCUCUACAGAAAAGCACUAGAGAUUAUAUGCCAGAAAAGAAAACCAUUUUAGAGAAGCGUGACUCACUCGCCGAAAAGAAAAGCAAUUCCGUAACAGUUGCCAAUAAUCUAAAUAACAGUAUGAACAUCAACAAUAUCAGUAAUAACAAUCAUACUAGCAAUUACAGUAACAGUUUGAGUAACAACCAAGACCGCUCUGGCGACUGGAAAAACGACAGUUCCGGUAAUGAAGGUGGUGCCGGAAAUACUGAUCCGGAAGCACUGUCAUCGGAUCCCCAGAACACCGGUAGUCCACCGAAGGAGAAGGAGCCAACAACUGUGGAGAAGAAAAAUCGUCUAUUUCGCACCAGUAGUAGCACUCCCAACAGUGCCAAAAAGCAGAAGCAGUCUCUUAGCUUUUCAUCCGGUGAUCAACCGAAAACAUCUCUCGAAACCUGUCUUUCGCCAACGAAUGUAGAACCCCGCAAGUCACUCCUGGAACAACUAUCACGUAUUUUCACUACCGAGGAAUCGCAACUGCCAGAUGUGGUUACAAUCAUUGGACCACCGGAAGCCAGCAGCAGUUCCUCGCUUACACCACGACUAGUGUCACUCAUAUCAUCCACCUUUCGACCGACAUUCUCUCCAAACAACACGGCUGAGGUGAAAGCAAUCACACAAGCACUGAUGAACAAAAUUCAGAAAUACUGCAACUCGACAGCUAAACCACCAACAACUGUGAAAGUACUGUUGGUAGGUGGUGACUGGCUGCAGGGUGCCGUGCUGCGUCAUUAUGUUGAGCUUUUGGGAAUUCGUCCCCCGGAUUGGGUAAACCAUAUCAGAUUCUAUAUUGUCCCUAUAGGUUCUUGCGGAGUAGCACGGUAUCUUAGUGUGAUUGACUCAAGCUAUUCGAAUAUGUUUGGAACGGAAAACUGGCAACAGAUCUGUGACCGAGCAGCGAACCUAGAGAGCGCACAAUCGAAAAUCGAAUCAGCCGAGAUAAUUAGCCGAAUACAGCGAUACUUGCAUUCUAGUGGACCCUGUACACAAGUUCCUAUCGCAGAAGCAAUGGUUAACUAUCGGGACGAGGAUUCAUGCCAAAUAUUUGUUCCGUUCAUAAGUGAUGUCAGGAUAGGAUGCCUGGAGGCACCACAACUUUCGUUAGAUUUGGAAGAAACCAUGACACUUAGUUCACAGCCAAGCUCGGAUCGAGUGCUAUCAAGCUCACCGCCACAAAGUGGACGAGCCUCACCUCCAGCACCACUUACACCAGCUUCAAUUGUGCAGCAUCAAUCGAGUAGUAGUGGUGGUCCACAGGAAUCUUUGGAACUACAGGUGGAUUACUGGCCACUGGGUCGACCUAUUUUGGAUGCAAAGGAUAAAUCUUUAAGCAAGGGUCAAGAUCCAUCAGGCAAAAACAGUAUUAAGAGCACCUUCAGACAUUUGCAGGUUUGGAGAUUGCCACUUGCUCCUAUAAAUGGCGAGUAUACGAACGGCUUAACACUGAGCUAUGCUACCAAGGAGAAGAAGCAAAAGAGCGUUAUGCGACUUGGCAAGAAAAAAGAAAAAGAUCGCGAUGCUGAAAAAGAACAGUGUGUCGAAGGCGUCGCUAGGCUAAUCUGUUCGCCGAAACAGUCCCAUCCAGUUCCUUUGCGAGUGUACAUCGACGGCACCGAGUGGACCGGGGUAAAGUUCUUCCAGCUUUCAUCCCAAUGGCAGACACAUAUCAAAAAUUUCCCAAUCGCUUUGGUCGGAGCUCCGUUGGCUCCGGCCGAAAUGUUAACCUAGUCAGCUUCAUCAUCCACUGCAAUGAAGGUUGUAGCUAGAUCUACCACGAUGGCACCAGGUCCCGCCGUUGUGACAGCUCUAUCACCACCAGCGUCGCAGGGAUUAUCAUCCACUACCGUAUCGCAAUCUUCGACUAUUGGUAAGUCUGGUAAAAUUCGCUGCUCCUCUACUACGUUCGCCAUCACGGGGGCUGCUAAUAAUAGUAAUAAUGUUAGUAAUACUGGUAGCAAAAUGUCUGUCACUUCUCGGGCUUCUCUAAGCAGUUCCUCCCGAAUUUUGAGACCCCGCAGUUGGGCUGCGGCUAGCCGAUCUCGCUGCGACUAAAUAGAAUUGUUUAGUGCAAGCACUACUACUUAGUAUCAACAAAAUUGAAUGUUUUGUGUAACGUUACGCUACCGUAAGGCUGUUUAGUAGAAAAAAUUUGAAGUCAAUUUACAAUGGGUACGCUCAAAAAUGUGCGACUACUUUAGAAUGGCGCCUAGCUAGCGAGCAACGUUAUGUAUUUUGUUUCCUACCUACUUUGGCUUGUAAUUUGGUUGUUUCAGAAAGGGUAAUACAAGCAUUUAUUUCGCCAUUAUAAUAGUUUUCAAUUGAAAUAUAAUUGUUUGAUCAGCUUUACGCUUGUUGUCUAUUAUACAUUGGUAGUUUAUUUAUUAAAAUUCCAAAAUGUCAACGUUUUCAAAGCAUGUUUUGGUCAUGACUAUAGUAUAUCUGAUGCUACUAUAAUAAAAAAAAAUAGUUGAAUCACCGUGAUACAAGUUACUCAAAUUCGGGAACAAACGGGAAUAUCAAUAUUAUAUGCAGUAUUUUUCCUCUGUAUUGUUAUUUAUUUUUAUGCACUAUUUUAACCUAUUAAAGCAGGUUUACAGAGCUUGGUGCUCAACGAAAAUGAAAUUAUUCUGAGCUCGUAUGGUGGAUCAUAUCUGUUAUUGAACCUUAACCACCCUAACAUCAUAACAUACUGCCUGGUUUAAGUUAGGGAGGUAAAUUUAUAAAAAUGAUUACAAAAGUGCCCGACACCAAACCCCUUUUUUUUAAUUUUGCACAACUAGGGGUGCUCUCGCAAUUCAUUGGAUGAUUACACAAGUCGCGUUAAUUCCAUAUUUUUUUAAAAUUUCUAUAAUUUUGUAUUAUUUUUUAUGGAAAUUUCUCUGGACAUGUAAUUUUCUCCUGAUUUUACAAAACGAAUCUAAGAGACGUGUUACAGGUGAAAGUCACCUUAAGUUUAACGCAAAAACGAAGCGUUGAUUUUUAGCAGUGUGGAAACAGUUUCAUUUACAUUUUUUCCCUGUUAUUUUUUUCGUAAUGCUAUGUAUCUAUGAUGAGAUAUGAAUAUUCCUCUGACUUCAUAUUACCACAAUUCGAUUGCACCAUUGGACAGAUAUGCGACAACCAGCAUUGAACAGAAGUGAUAAAAGAAAAACCUUUACUGCCCAUAAUCAAGUCAGUCCCAUCUGUAAAAAACUAUAAUAGGAAAGCCAUCAUGACCAAAACUGCCUUGCAUGCUGAACAGCGUCAUCAUUUACCCUUUCUGGAAUACUCGCCUAAAAGUUUGUUAGACAUUCGCAUAUUGAUACGAGCGUGGCUGAGAUUGUUUCGAUUUGUGAGAACAUAAAUUCUUUCAAUUGUGAUAUAAAUAAAAACAAGUAGAGAAAGUGAGACAUUAGAUUCAUGGCCUCAGCUGCUAAUCUUUCAACAUUGUGAAAGCUAGUCUCUCAUAUUUAGCAAGUGUUACGAAAAUUAAACGAAUACUAAACAGAAAUCAAUUUGACUGAUAGUGUUUUGAGCACGCACUGGAAGGUUAGCUAAGCCUACUUGAAAACAAUAAAUAAAUAAUGACAUAGAAGUAUUUAACCAUUGUGAAUUCGCCAGGGUAUUAACCUGGGAGGGAGAUCCAGACUCGAAUAUGUCACGAUCUGUCAUCGGCCAUGCCAAACAGUUUGGUAAUGCUUUCCCUACAAGAAUAUAGAUAGCGGUAUUGAUAUCUUGCGUUAUUCAAUGGAACAUCGUUUUUUAGUUUAAUUCAUUGAACAAAUCAUAUGAAAGAUACCAUUUAUCGAUGUUUUUGUCAAUAUCUUUGGUGGCAUAAUAAAAUGCAAAUCAGAAAAGUCAAACAAUCACUAACGCGUAAAGAAAAUCAACAAAGGCUAGCUAUGAAAUGAGUUUCGUAUGUGCUAUCUGUGUCUCCCUCCCAGGUAUUAACUAUUCGUGUUGUAUUGCAGGAAAAUGAAGUUAAUGUUGUUCCCACAAAUGUGUAUAUACUUAUCAUAUCCUGUUUCUACCUUACCAGUGCUCCUGAUCUAUCAAUCAUGCAAUUAACGCUAGGAAUAAUUCCUAGCGGAAUACUUAUCCAUUGUUCAACAAAGCAUCACAGCAUUAGUUACAUAAUCAAUACUGGUAUAAAAUACAAGCAAUGAGUCAAUUGUUUUUCUCCUUGCAAGAAAAUGUAACUAAUACACACAUCUAACGAGUACUACUACACUGCUGUGUCCUCUAGCCCAUAUAAUAUCUUACAUGUAGGAACGAUUCGUAUGCUCAUUAUCUAAGGCAAUUGAUAGAA